AUCAAGUGCAACUGCUGGGUCAAGUACACAUACUUCAGGCCCUAUUGUAACAUCAAAACCUACAACUGUUACAACAACAACAGCCAAGCCAACCACAACAACUGUAUUUGAGACAACAGAGGAAAUCACAUCAACAAGGCCACCAAAGGUUGAGACUACACUGCCAACAACUUCCUCAACAACUAGAUCACCAUCAACCUCCACAGAGAUGACAACAGUUAAAACAUCUCUUGAACCAGUGACAGCUACUUUACCUGUGAUAACGCUGACAACAGAAGGGAGAGUAAGUCAAACUGCACAAGUUUCUACGACAUUACAUUCAACCUCCACUGAAACACCUGUCUCAAGCACAGAAACCUCAACUUCAGCUGUGAUUACAUCUGGUCCAACUACUGCAACCACCACAACAAAAGCACCUACAACAACAGCUCAAGCUGAAACUACAACAGAGGAAUCUGCCACAACAUCUACUAAUCCACCAAGGGUUGAAACUACUGGGCCAACAACAGCAUCUACAACGAUUAUUGUGGAAGAAACCACCACAACAGGUAAACUAUCAACAUCAAGCGCAACUGCUGGGCCAAGCACACAAACUUCAGGCCCUGUUGUAACAUCAAAUCCCACAGUUGUUACCACAACAACAGGCAAGCCAACGACAACAACUGUAUUUGAGACAACAACAGAGGGAAUUACAUCAACUAGGCCACCAAAGGUUGAGACUACACUGCCAACAACUUCCUCAACAACACAGAUUGUUGUUGACACAACAACAACUAGGUCGCCAUCAACUUCUGCUGAAACACCUGUCUCAAGCACAGAAACCUCAACUUCCGCUGUGAUUACAUCUGGUCCAACUACUGCCACCACCACAACAAAAGCACCUACAAACACAGCUCAAGCUGAAACUACAACAGAGGAAUCUGCCACAACAUCUACUAAUCCACCAAGGGUUGAAACUACUGGGCCAACAACAGCAUCUACAACGAUUAUUGUGGAAGAAACCACCACAACAGGUAAACUAUCAACAUCAAGCGCAACUGCUGGGCCAAGCACACAAACUUCAGGCCCUGUUGUAACAUCAAAUCCCACAGUUGUUACCACAACAACAGGCAAGCCAACGACAACAACUGUAUUUGAGACAACAACAGAGGGAAUUACAUCAACUAGGCCACCAAAGGUUGAGACUACACUGCCAACAACUUCCUCAACAACACAGAUUGUUGUUGACACAACAACAACUAGGUCGCCAUCAACUUCUGCUGAAACACCUGUCUCAAGCACAGAAACCUCAACUUCCGCUGUGAUUACAUCUGGUCCAACUACUGCCACCACCACAACAAAAGCACCUACAAACACAGCUCAAGCUGAAACUACAACAGAGGAAUCUGCCACAACAUCUACUAAUCCACCAAGGGUUGAAACUACUGGGCCAACAACAGCAUCUACAACGAUUAUUGUGGAAGAAACCACCACAACAGGUAAACUAUCAACAUCAAGCGCAACUGCUGGGCCAAGCACACAAACUUCAGGCCCUGUUGUAACAUCAAAUCCCACAGUUGUUACCACAACAACAGGCAAGCCAACGACAACAACUGUAUUUGAGACAACAACAGAGGGAAUUACAUCAACUAGGCCACCAAAGGUUGAGACUACACUGCCAACAACUUCCUCAACAACACAGAUUGUUGUUGACACAACAACAACUAGGUCGCCAUCAACUUCUGCUGAAACACCUGUCUCAAGCACAGAAACCUCAACUUCCGCUGUGAUUACAUCUGGUCCAACUACUGCCACCACCACAACAAAAGCACCUACAAACACAGCUCAAGCUGAAACUACAACAGAGGAAUCUGCCACAACAUCUACUAAUCCACCAAGGGUUGAAACUACUGGGCCAACAACAGCAUCUACAACGAUUAUUGUGGAAGAAACCACCACAACAGGUAAACUAUCAACAUCAAGCGCAACUGCUGGGCCAAGCACACAAACUUCAGGCCCUGUUGUAACAUCAAAACCCACAGUUGUUACCACAACAACAGGCAAGCCAACGACAACAACUGUAUUUGAGACAACAACAGAGGGAAUUACAUCAACUAGGCCACCAAAGGUUGAGACUACACUGCCAACAACUUCCUCAACAACACAGAUUGUUGUUGACACAACAACAACUAGGUCGCCAUCAACUUCUGCUGAAACACCUGUCUCAAGCACAGAAACCUCAACUUCCGCUGUGAUUACAUCUGGUCCAACUACUGCCACCACCACAACAAAAGCACCUACAAACACAGCUCAAGCUGAAACUACAACAGCGGAAUCUGCCACAACAACUACUAAUCCACCAAGGGUUGAAACUACUGGGCCAACAACAGCAUCUACAACGAUUAUUGUGGAAGAAACCACCACAACAGGUAAACUAUCAACAUCAAGCGCAACUGCUGGGCCAAGCACACAAACUUCAGGCCCUGUUGUAACAUCAAAUCCCACAGUUGUUACCACAACAACAGGCAAGCCAACGACAACAACUGUAUUUGAGACAACAACAGAGGGAAUUACAUCAACUAGGCCACCAAAGGUUGAGACUACACUGCCAACAACUUCCUCAACAACACAGAUUGUUGUUGACACAACAACAACUAGGUCGCCAUCAACUUCUGCUGAAACACCUGUCUCAAGCACAGAAACCUCAACUUCCGCUGUGAUUACAUCUGGUCCAACUACUGCCACCACCACAACAAAAGCACCUACAAACACAGCUCAAGCUGAAACUACAACAGAGGAAUCUGCCACAACAUCUACUAAUCCACCAAGGGUUGAAACUACUGGGCCAACAACAGCAUCUACAACGAUUAUUGUGGAAGAAACCACCACAACAGGUAAACUAUCAACAUCAAGCGCAACUGCUGGGCCAAGCACACAAACUUCAGGCCCUGUUGUAACAUCAAAUCCCACAGUUGUUACCACAACAACAGGCAAGCCAACGACAACAACUGUAUUUGAGACAACAACAGAGGGAAUUACAUCAACUAGGCCACCAAAGGUUGAGACUACACUGCCAACAACUUCCUCAACAACACAGAUUGUUGUUGACACAACAACAACUAGGUCGCCAUCAACUUCUGCUGAAACACCUGUCUCAAGCACAGAAACCUCAACUUCCGCUGUGAUUACAUCUGGUCCAACUACUGCCACCACCACAACAAAAGCACCUACAAACACAGCUCAAGCUGAAACUACAACAGAGGAAUCUGCCACAACAUCUACUAAUCCACCAAGGGUUGAAACUACUGGGCCAACAACAGCAUCUACAACGAUUAUUGUGGAAGAAACCACCACAACAGGUAAACUAUCAACAUCAAGCGCAACUGCUGGGCCAAGCACACAAACUUCAGGCCCUGUUGUAACAUCAAAACCCACAGUUGUUACCACAACAACAGGCAAGCCAACGACAACAACUGUAUUUGAGACAACAACAGAGGGAAUUACAUCAACUAGGCCACCAAAGGUUGAGACUACACUGCCAACAACUUCCUCAACAACACAGAUUGUUGUUGACACAACAACAACUAGGUCGCCAUCAACUUCUGCUGAAACACCUGUCUCAAGCACAGAAACCUCAACUUCCGCUGUGAUUACAUCUGGUCCAACUACUGCCACCACCACAACAAAAGCACCUACAAACACAGCUCAAGCUGAAACUACAACAGCGGAAUCUGCCACAACAACUACUAAUCCACCAAGGGUUGAAACUACUGGGCCAACAACAGCAUCUACAACGAUUAUUGUGGAAGAAACCACCACAACAGGUAAACUAUCAACAUCAAGCGCAACAGCUGGGCCAAGCACACAAACUUCAGGCCCUGUUGUAACAUCAAAUCCCACAGUUGUUACCACAACAACAGGCAAGCCAACGACAACAACUGUAUUUGAGACAACAACAGAGGGAAUUACAUCAACUAGGCCACCAAAGGUUGAGACUACACUUCCAACAACUUCCUCAACAACACAGAUUGUUGUUGACACAACAACAACUAGGUCGCCAUCAACUUCUACUGAAACACCUGUCUCAAGCACAGAAACCUCAACUUCCGCUGUGAUUACAUCUGGUCCAACUACUGCCACCACCACAACAAAAGCACCUACAAACACAGCUCAAGAUGAAACUACAACAGAGGAAUCUGCCACAACAUCUACUAAUCCACCAAGGGUUGAAACUACUGGGCCAACAACAGCAUCUACAACGAUUAUUGUGGAAGAAACCACCACAACAGUUGUUACCACAACAACAGGCAAGCCAACGACAACAACUGUAUUUGAGACAACAACAGAGGGAAUUACAUCAACUAGGCCACCAAAGGUUGAGACUACACUUCCAACAACUUCCUCAACAACACAGAUUGUUGUUGACACAACAACAACUAGGUCGCCAUCAACUUCUACUGAAACACCUGUCUCAAGCACAGAAACCUCAACUUCCGCUGUGAUUACAUCUGGUCCAACUACUGCCACCACCACAACAAAAGCACCUACAACAACAGCUCAAGCUGAAACUACAACAGCGGAAUCUGCCACAACAUCUACUAAUCCACCAAGGGUUGAAACUACUGGGCCAACAACAGCAUCUACAACGAUUAUUGUGGAAGAAACCACCACAACAGGUAAACUAUCAACAUCAAGCGCAACUGCUGGGCCAAGCACACAAACUUCAGGCCCUGUUGUAACAUCAAAACCCACAGUUGUUACCACAACAACAGGCAAGCCAACGACAACAACUGUAUUUGAGACAACAACAGAGGGAAUUACAUCAACUAGGCCACCAAAGGUUGAGACUACACUGCCAACAACUUCCUCAACAACACAGAUUGUUGUUGACACAACAACAACUAGGUCGCCAUCAACUUCUGCUGAAACACCUGUCUCAAGCACAGAAACCUCAACUUCCGCUGUGAUUACAUCUGGUCCAACUACUGCCACCACCACAACAAAAGCACCUACAAACACAGCUCAAGCUGAAACUACAACAGAGGAAUCUGCCACAACAUCUACUAAUCCACCAAGGGUUGAAACUACUGGGCCAACAACAGCAUCUACAACGAUUAUUGUGGAAGAAACCACCACAACAGGUAAACUAUCAACAUCAAGCGCAACUGCUGGGCCAAGCACACAAACUUCAGGCCCUGUUGUAACAUCAAAACCCACAGUUGUUACCACAACAACAGGCAAGCCAACGACAACAACUGUAUUUGAGACAACAACAGAGGGAAUUACAUCAACUAGGCCACCAAAGGUUGAGACUACACUGCCAACAACUUCCUCAACAACACAGAUUGUUGUUGACAGAACAACAACUAGGUCGCCAUCAACUUCUGCUGAAACACCUGUCUUAAGCACAGAAACCUCAACUUCCGCUGUGAUUACAUCUGGUCCAACUACUGCCACCACCACAACAAAAGCACCUACAAACACAGCUCAAGCUGAAACUACAACAGAGGAAUCUGCCACAACAUCUACUAAUCCACCAAGGGUUGAAACUACUGGGCCAACAACAGCAUCUACAACGAUUAUUGUGGAAGAAACCACCACAACAGGUAAACUAUCAACAUCAAGCGCAACUGCUGGGCCAAGCACACAAACUUCAGGCCCUGUUGUAACAUCAAAACCCACAGUUGUUACCACAACAACAGGCAAGCCAACGACAACAACUGUAUUUGAGACAACAACAGAGGGAAUUACAUCAACUAGGCCACCAAAGGUUGAGACUACACUGCCAACAACUUCCUCAACAACACAGAUUGUUGUAGACACAACAACAACUAUGUCGCCACCAACUUCUACUGAAACACCUGUCUCAAGUACAGAAACCUCAACUUCUGCUGUGAUUACAUCUGGUCCAACUACUGCAACCACCACAACAAAAGCACCUACAACAACAGCUCACGCUGAAACUACAACAGAGGAAUCUGCCACAACAUCUACUAAUCCACCAAGGGUUGAAACUACUGGGCCAACAACAGCAUCUACAACGAUUAUUGUGGAAGAAACGACCACAACAGGUAAACUAUCAACAUCAAGCGCAACUGCUGGGCCAAGCACACAAACUUCAGGCCCUGUUGUAACAUCAAAACCCACCGUUGUCACCACAACAACAGGCAAGUCAACGACAACAACUGUAUUUGAGACAACAACAGAGGGAAUUACAUCAACUAGGCCACCAAAGGUUGAGACUACACUGCCAACAACUUCCUCAACAACUAGAUCACCAUCAACCUCCACAGAGAUGACAACAGUUAAAACAUCUCUUGAACCAGUGACAGCUACUUUACCUGUGAUAACGCUGACAACAGAAGGGAGAGUAAGUCAAACUGGACAAGUUUCUACGACAUUACAUUCAACCUCCACUGAAAAACCUGUCUCAAGCACAGAAACCUCAACUUCAUCUGUGAUUACAUCUGGUCCAACUACUGCAACCACCACAACAAAAGCACCUACAACAACAGCUCAAGCUGAAACUACAACAGAGGAAUCUGUCACAACAUCUACUAAUCCACCAAGGGUUGAAACUACUGGGCCAACAACAGCAUCUACAACGAUUAUUGUGGAAGAAACGACCACAACAGGUAAACUAUCAACAUCAAGCGCAACUGCUGGGCCAAGCACACAAACUUCAGGCCCCGUUGUAACAUCAAAACCCACAGUUGUUACCACAACAACAGGCAAGCCAACGACAACAACUGUAUUUGAGACAACAACAGAGGGAAUUACAUCAACUAGGCCACCAAAGGUUGAGACUACACUUCCAACAACUUCCUCAACAACACAGAUUGUUGUUGACACAACAACAACUAGGUCGCCAUCAACUUCUACUGAAACACCUGUCUCAAGCACAGAAACCUCAACUUCCGCUGUGAUUACAUCUGGUCCAACUACUGCCACCACCACAACAAAAGCACCUACAACAACAGCUCAAGCUGAAACUACAACAGCGGAAUCUGCCACAACAUCUACUAAUCCACCAAGGGUUGAAACUACUGGGCCAACAACAGCAUCUACAACGAUUAUUGUGGAAGAAACGACCACAACAGGUAAACUAUCAACAUCAAGCGCAACUGCUGGGCCAAGCACACAAACUUCAGGCCCUGUUGUAACAUCAAAACCCACAGUUGUUACCACAACAACAGGCAAGCCAACAACAACAACUGUAUUUGAGACAACAACAGAGGGAAUUACAUCAACUAGGCCACCAAAGGUUGAGACUACACUGCCAACAACUUCCUCAACAACACAGAUUGUUGUUGACACAACAACAACUAGGUCGCCAUCAACUUCUGCUGAAACACCUUUCUCAAGCACAGAAACCUCAACUUCCGCUGUGAUUACAUCUGGUCCAACUACUGCCACCACCACAACAAAAGCACCUACAAACACAGCUCAAGCUGAAACUACAACAGAGGAAUCUGCCACAACAUCUACUAAUCCACCAAGGGUUGAAACUACUGGGCCAACAACAGCAUCUACAACGAUUAUUGUGGAAGAAACCACCACAACAGGUAAACUAUCAACAUCAAGCGCAACUGCUGGGCCAAGCACACAAACUUCAGGCCCUGUUGUAACAUCAAAACCCACAGUUGUUACCACAACAACAGGCAAGCCAACGACAACAACUGUAUUUGAGACAACAACAGAGGGAAUUACAUCAACUAGGCCACCAAAGGUUGAGACUACACUGCCAACAACUUCCUCAACAACACAGAUUGUUGUUGACACAACAACAACUAGGUCGCCAUCAACUUCUGCUGAAACACCUGUCUCAAGCACAGAAACCUCAACUUCCGCUGUGAUUACAUCUGGUCCAACUACUGCCACCACCACAACAAAAGCACCUACAAACACAGCUCAAGCUGAAACUACAACAGCGGAAUCUGCCACAACAUCUACUAAUCCACCAAGGGUUGAAACUACUGGGCCAACAACAGCAUCUACAACGAUUAUUGUGGAAGAAACCACCACAACAGGUAAACUAUCAACAUCAAGCGCAACAGCUGGGCACAGAAACCUCAACUUCCGCUGUGAUUACAUCUGGUCCAACUACUGCCACCACCACAACAAAAGCACCUACAACAACAGCUCAAGCUGA